AUGAGCACCGGCGGCGCCGGCAAGGGGUGCUCGGGGAGCGACGGCGGCAUGGUGGCGCCGUUCGUGGCCAAGACGUACGCGAUGGUGGACGACCCGGCGACCGACGCCGUGGUCGCGUGGGGGCCGGCCAGCAACAGCUUUGUCGUCGCCGACCCCUUCGCCUUCUCGCGCGCGCUGCUCCCGGCCCACUUCAAGCACGCCAACUUCUCCAGCUUCGUCCGGCAGCUCAACACCUACGGCUUCCGCAAGGUCGACCCGGACCGGUGGGAGUUCGCGCACGCCUGCUUCCUCCGCGGCCAGACGCACCUCCUGCCCCGCAUCGUCCGGCGCCGCACCGGCGGCGGCAGGCGCGCCAAGGACAGCCACGACGAGGAGGAGGAUGAAGACAUCAGCAGCAAGAUGUUGGCCAUGGAGGUGGUCCGCCUGAAGGAGGAGCAGAGGGCCACCAAGGACCGCCUGGCGGCGAUGUGGCGCCGGGUGCAGGACGCCGAGCGCCGGCCCAAGCUCAUGCUCGCCUUCCUCCUCAAGGUCGUCGGAGACCCCGACGUGCUGCGCCGCCUCGUAGGCAACUCGGGUGGCGGCGGCGGAUUGUUCCCCGGCGAGGGCGCGGAGGCCAAGAGGCCGCGGCUGCUUCUCGAUGGGGAAGCCCAGGUCGGCAAGAAGAUGCGCAUCGACGGCGACGGGAUGUUGUGCGGCAUCAACCGGCAGGAGGCUUUCGUGCGGGAACCCAGGGUCGACUUCACUGGUUUCUACACCGGAGGCGAUGGCUUUAGCGAGGUGCCGGUGGACGACCCGCCGUACGCUUUCCGUGUGGACACCGGCUACUGA